CGUGAUUGUUAUGUUAUGUUAUAUUUGUUUCACGUUUCAGAUUCAUACAGUGGUGAACACUGAACAGACGGGAUAACAAAUUCGUAUCUCCAUGCAAAUUCUGCACAAUUUUUAAAACAGAAGGUUUCUUUUUUGAACAAUAUUGUCUGUCGUUAAGAUGAAAUCGUAUUUCCUGAUCGCUGUUGUUCUUUCGUUCAUGUUAAACCAACCAACGAAAGGUUUUCUUUACCCACUUCACGCUUCAUGUGAAAUUGAUUGGACAUUUGGAAUAAACUGCUCAACUGUGAACACAAAGAUUGUGGAUCAAAUAAAGAAAUGGAGUGGUUUUGAAAUCUGUGGGGAAAGUGAGAAAUGUGGUUAUAAGCUGAUCUCAUAUAGUUCUACAAACAUUAAAGCAACACAUACCACUCCAAAGAAACAUUAUGUGGAUGACUUAAAAUUCACUGGUUUUACGGAAUCAUCAAACAAUUGUGAUGUAAAGGGUAUGUCGUCUUCAGAGACUUGGUAUGCUGUCUUAGAUUAUGGUACAAACUACUGCAACCUUCACAAUCUUAUUACAGGUUCUGGUUUAGACAAGGUUCCAGGUUACAAAGAAAUGACAUCAAACAGCAAAUGCACAGAAUACACCUCUGCAAACUGUGGCAAGUACUGAGUUCAGAAUUUUGAAUUUUGCAAUGAAUAAUAAAAUAUGAAACGACGACAAAAAAGCGUAAAAUUUAAGUAUUGUUAAACAUGCACGAUUUUAUUUUGAUUUUUGACUAUUUGAUUUAGUAUGGUCAACAUGUACGACUUUAUAAUGAUUUAGUAUGGUCAACAUGUACAACUUUAUAAUGAUUUAGCAUGGUCAACAUGUACAACUUUAUAAUGAUUUAGUAUGGUCAACAUGUACAACUUUAUAAUGAUUUAGUAUGGUCAACAUGUACAACUUUAUAAUGAUUUAGUAUGGUCAACAUGUACGACUUUAUAAUGAUCUUUGAUUAUGUUAGGUAAUCUAAAAGUUUGUAAACAUCUUCAACGCAAACAAUUAUCAUUAGCUAAUCAUUAGCAUUUGAAAUUGA